CUGACAAACUAGCUACCUUCAGAGAGUUAAAGCCAUUCAGUUGAUAAGAUGUCAACAAUGUAACUCUCGUUGUACAGCUGUAAGCCACAGAUAUUCUGGCACACACACAAAAAAAAAAUGAUCACUGCCUGCAGAUGAAUUGCGUGUCAUUGGACCAGUUUAUGGCCGCGAGCAAGGACGCGGUUUUUAGCUUAAGCAUUAGCUUUAAGUUAGAAGAUUGACAAGAUAGACGGCUAAAGUUCCUCCCCCGGGAGUGAAUGGGCUGACCACGGGUAUAGUUUAUGUAACGUUUGCAGGUUAACCAGCUGAGGGCGACGAGGAAAUAAGACUGACUACAAAUGGAUUCAUGCCAUAAAAUCAUUUGUUUAUUUCGGGCUGUAGUCUGUGAAGAGAUUUUUAAGAAGUGAAGCAGAAGUGUGUCUCGUUAGCUGUCAAACUCUCGCCCCCGUCCUGGCUGCAGCGCUGGCCUAGGAAGCUAGCAGCAAGCUAGCUAUAGCUAGCUGCACGCCUAGCUGGCUCAUCUUCCAAAGUUUCGUGUUGUUGAUGGCCUCCCUGCCAGCCAUGGACGCUGUGACUGACACGUGCCCUGCGGUGCACCAAAAUGGGAUUGCCCAUCGGGAAUCUCAAAACACAAGGCCAGCUGCUGCUGCUGCUGUUCUGAAGCUUCAUUUCUACCACAGCAGCCAAGGAACGGCCAACCGCAGCUUCCUCAGCUACCCACCGGGGGACUAUGUGGCCGAGGAGCUGUGUAUGGAUGCGGCCACGGCAUGCAGUAUUUCACCACUGUACUGCAACCUUUUUGGUCUCUUCCGAGAUCGAGACAGCUUGUGGUUUUCACCCAACCACAUCUUUCAGCUUGACGAACUGGCCUCUGAAGAUGUGUUUUUCAGAAUAAGGUACUACUUCCCUGGCUGGUACAGCGGUGGGGCAUCCAGAGCAUAUCGAUAUGGGGUUUCCAAAGGGUCCGAAAGCCCCGUCCUUGAUGACUUUGUAAUGUCAUACCUCUUCUCUCAGUGGAGGAAUGACUUUGUCAAUGGCUUAGUGAAGAUCCCCAACUCCCAUGAAACUCAGGAAGAGUGCCUUGGUAUGGCUGUACUCGAUAUGACAAGAACAGCCAAGGAGAGACAGAUGUCCCCGCUGGACGUCUACCGCACAAUAAGCUACAAGUCCUUCUUGCCAAAGGAUAUGAGCGCUCAGAUUCAGGACUGCAACUUCUUGACACGCAAGCGAAUCCGAUUCCGCUUCAAGCGCUUCAUCCAGCAGUUCAGUCAGUGUCGGACCACAGCCCGCGAUCUCAAGCUCAAGUACCUCAUCAGCAUUGAGUCCCUGGAGAAGUCCUUCUAUACAGAGACCUUCCAGGUCAGGGAACCAUCCAAUGGACAGCUCAUCAUCCUGGUGGCAGCGGACAGUGGCAUCCAGUGGUGUCGAGAGGAACUGAAAGAUUCUCACCAGGAGAUGAAGACCCUGUGUGACUUCCCUGAUGUCACUGACAUCAGCAUCAAACAGGCCAGCAAGGAGGGUGCCGUAGAGAGUCGGGUGGUCACCAUCAACAAACAAGAUGGCAAGAAUCUGGAGCUGGAGUUCCUCAGCCUGUCUGAAGCCCUCUCCUUUGUGUCCCUCAUUGAUGGCUACUAUCGGCUUACUACAGACGCACAUCACUACCUUUGUAAAGAAGUGGCUCCUCCCAGACUUGUGGAGGCCAUCGCUUCCCAUUGCCAUGGCCCCAUCUCAAUGGAAAUUGCCGUCAAUCGGCUUCAGAGGUGUGGAAACAAACAAGGAUUGUACAUCUUGAGAUGUAGCCCUAAAGAGUUCAACAAGUAUUGUCUGACUUUCCCGGUCGAGGUGUAUGAUGCUGUAGAUUACAAGCACUGCCAGAUAACCAGGUCUGUCAGUGGGGAGUUUAACCUCAGUGGAACCAAAAGAAACUUCAACAGCUUGCAGGAGCUUCUCAGCUGCUACCAAAAGGAAACCGUGCGCUCCGACAGCUUCAUUUUCCAAUUCAGCAAGUGCUGUCCACCUAAAUCCAAAGAAAAGUCCUGCCUCCUUGUGUGCAGGAGCAACAAGGGCUCCGAAGUGCCUCUCUCUCCGUCUCUACAGCGACACAACAUCAAUCAGAUGGUGUUUCACAAGAUCAGGAAAGAAGAUCUGGAAUUUAUGGAGAGUCUAGGCCAAGGGACAUUUACCAAGAUCUUUAAAGGGGUCCGCAAGGAGCUGGGAGAUUAUGGACUCGUGCACCAAACAGAAGUUGUCAUGAAAGUCCUGGACCAAGCCCACAGGAACUACUCUGAGUCUUUCUUUGAAGCUGCCAGCAUGAUGAGCCAGUUGUCCCAUAAGCACCUGAUACUUAACUAUGGUGUGUGUGUCUGCGGAGAGGAAAAUAUCAUGGUGCAGGAGUUUGUGAAGUUUGGUUCACUGGACACCUACCUGAAGAAGAAGAAGAACUUGAUAAACAUCCUAUGGAAGCUGGAGGUGGCUAAGCAGCUGGCCUGGGCCAUGAACUUCCUGGAAGAAAAGCAGCUUGUCCACGGGAAUGUAUGUGCUAAAAACAUUCUCCUGAUCAGAGAAGAAGACCGGCGGGCUGGGAACCCCCCCUUCAUCAAACUGAGUGACCCUGGCAUCGGCAUCACUGUCCUUCCCAAAGAAAUCCUGAUUGAGAGGAUCCCUUGGAUUUCCCCCGAGUGUGUCGAGGACCCUGCCAGCCUGAGCCUGGCUGCAGACAAGUGGAGCUUUGGCACCACACUGUGGGAGAUCUGCAGUGGUGGGGAGAAACCUUUAGCACCACUGGACAUCUCUAAGAAAACCCUGUUCUAUGAGGACCACCACCAGCUUCCUGCACCAAAGUGGACCGAACUGGCGAAUCUGAUUACCAGCUGCAUGGACUACGAACCUUCAUUCAGGCCCACAUUUCGUGCCGUCAUCCGUGACCUCCACAGCCUCUUCACACCAGACUAUGAGUUGAUCGUGGACAGUGACAUCCUGCCGAACAGAACCGUAGUCUCGGGCUGGUCCAAUGGGGUCUUUGAGAGUCAGGAGCCGGCUCAGUUUGAAGAGCGACACCUCAUAUUCUUACAGCAGCUGGGCAAGGGAAACUUUGGCAGCGUGGAGAUGUGUCGAUAUGACCCGCUCCAGGACAACACUGGAGAGGUCGUGGCUGUGAAGAAACUCCAGCACAGCACUGCAGAGCACAUACGAGACUUUGAGCGAGAGAUUGAGAUCCUGAAAUCUCUACAGCAUGAGAACAUCGUCAAGUACAAAGGCGUUUGCUACAGUGCAGGACGACGGAAUCUCCGUCUCGUCAUGGAAUAUCUGCCCUUUGGAAGUUUGCGAGAUUAUCUCAUGAAAAACAAGGAGAGGAUCGACCACAAGAAGCUUGUGCAUUACACUUCACAGAUCUGCAAGGGUAUGGAGUACCUGGCAAGUAAGCGGUAUAUCCACAGAGACCUGGCGACACGAAAUAUCCUUGUGGAGAGUGAGCUGAGGGUAAAGAUCGGAGAUUUCGGCCUCUCCAAAAUUCUGCCUCAGGACAAAGAGUACUACAUGGUCAAAGAGCCGGGAGAGAGUCCCAUAUUUUGGUAUGCCCCUGAGUCGCUGACUGAGAGCAAGUUCUCUGUGGCAUCAGACGUCUGGAGCCUUGGAGUGGUGCUUUACGAGCUCUUCACCCACAGCGACAAGAACUCCAGCCCUCCUGCAGUUUUUAUGUCCAUGAUGGGGAACGACAAGCAGGGACAGUUGAUCGUCUAUCACCUCAUUGAGCUCCUCAAGUCAGGCAGCAGGCUGCCUCAACCUCUGGAGUGUCCCACGGAGAUAAAUGAGAUCAUGGAGGAGUGCUGGGACAACGACCCCGGCUUGCGUCCGUCUUUCAAGGAGCUUGCCCUGCGCAUAGACCUGUUCAGGGACAGUAAGGAGUUUUAGACAGAGAAAUCACCCAAAGUGCCCUGCUCCUCUUCAACCGAGCCUCUCCUAAAAUUGCCGCCCUGUUAGUGACAAGGGGACAAAGGCCAAAACAAGAUGAGUGCCAAGCGUGUGGCAAAAGCGGGUCGUGACUGGAAGAGUGGUGAUUCAAAACUAGGACCAGCUCAAAAACUACUGCCAAGGUGCCUUUUAAGCAAGGCACUCAACCCCCCAUUUCUAUGGUGGAGUGGCUCAGUGGCAGCAGAAUGGGAAUGGAUCAACUGUUGAAGGUGAUGUUGGUUUGGUCAGAGAUCCUGGAUAAAGUUUUAAAGAGUUCAAGAGUUUGUGGAGACUAAGUAGAUAAUUGCCAGGCCUAAAGCUAGAGAUGCUUGUGUCAAACAAGUUCUCUUUCUGUGUGCGUGUGUGUGUGUGUGUGUGUGUGUGUGUGUGUGUGCACGAGAGAGUGUUGUAUCCUUAUAAACAGCUAGCAGGGCUAGCUCUCGCCAUCCUCUUUUCCCCUCACCUGAAGAGAAAUUGUCUAAUAGAGCCAAGUGUUUUCUAUGUGUGUGUGUAUAUACCCACAGUAUAUUGGUGUACAUAUGUCCAGAAAAAUUUUGUAAUUUUAUAAAAUGAAAAUAUAGUAAAGUACUACGUAUAUUUGAACUACGAGCAAAAUGUCAGUAUAAAUGAAGUAUAUACAAAGGUGAAAAAUCUGUUAUGGUUUUAUGUUUUUAUUGUGAGAGGUGGUGUGAAAAUUAAAGAACAGUUUAAUUCAAUUGAUCUGUUAAGCAAAAUCUUGUGGUCUUUGAAAGUCCUCAUUAUUUCCACACUAUAAAUGAAAUGUGCUUUUCAAACAGCACAUUUGUAAACAGCUGAGACGCUAAAAAUUUUGUUUUGAAAUUGACAUUUAAGGGGAAACGACACUGAUCACAAAGAACACAAUAUUCUGAAUUUGCCCUAAUUAGAAGAAUCUCAAUGCACAUUAAAAUCUGAAGCAUAUCCGACUGUUGCAUUUUGCUAAUUGAGACAAGACGGGGUAGUAGGCUGGGUUUUAAAAAAAUCAUGAAUGUGUCUUUCAAGAAAGGAAGUUGAUCAUAAAGAUCCAGAUUCAACACAUAUAAACGUUUAGGCUGUCAGUAUUCAGAAUGUUGUCCAGAAAGUUGACCUACUUAAAAGGGAGUAAACACAAACCUAAGGCAUGUGUCAAAGUAUUCGAUUUAUUUAUUUCAGGUGAUACAGAUUCCACUUAGCACUAUAGUGCAGGGGAAAACAUUUGAACCUUUUCAAUCCAUGCCGGCACUGACGAUAUGUACUAACUGCAGCUCAUUAUGUAACUGCAGUAAUGGAGACCGUGGGUUUAAGGGGGCACAAGGAGGGGUUUCCACCAAAUGUCUUAAUGUCACUUUUAAAAUGCAACUUAAAUGUUCCCGAGGAGCAAUUUGGUUUGCAGACAGUUGAGUAGUCGAAAAUCGAAAUAAUACAG